UGAGGCCAUUAGUGGAUCCAAAUUGUUCUAGCAGUUACCCCAAAGUGGAGCAGGACACCUCAACAGAAAGAAUGUGGGAUGAUAAAGAUAUUGAAGCAGAGCUGGAAGAAGAAAUAAAAGCUGAAUUGGAUAAAAUCAGCGUUUCAUCUUUGGAGAUAAGUGAAGAGACAUACUCGCCGUCUGAUGUUGGUAGUGGGACUGAUUCAGUAAAAAACUUACCUGAAUCAGUUCUUUACUGUAUUAAAGUCAUAAAGAAUCAAAGUAAAAAUGUUGAAAAUCUUGUUCUCCAGGACUUGGAAGAUUCUGACAUUUCAAGUCCUAAUUAUGGAGCAGUUUCCAACAAUCCCACAGAUUUUUUGGACGAGUUAACAGUUAAUUUUCAUGAAAAUGCAUUAGAAUUGAAAAAGAGGAUGUUACUUAAAAUACAAGAUGAAUUACAGACAAAUUUAAUCUUUGAUAAAGUUUCUAAUUCUGCUGAGCCUCCUAAUGAACCUGCUAAUGAACAUCUUUCUAAAGGUGAUACUGACACAAUAAGCUUUGGAUACGUUGAAGUCGAGGAGAAAUGUCGACAGUCUUUUGCAGCAUGGGAGGACAAGCAGCGAAAACUGGAGAACAAGGAGAAUGAAAAACUCAAAGCUCAAAGGGAUAGGGACGAACAAGUGUUGAAAGAGGAAGAGGAAAAGAUACAUUGCCGGAUGAAGCAAUUUGAAAUAGAAAAGAAAAGAAUAGAAAAUAUUCAUAAGAAAGAAGAAGAAAAGAUAAAUAUUGAAAUGAAGCAACAACAGAAAUUGUGGGAAGAGAAUUUAAAAGAACAUGAGGAAUUUAUCAGACAACUACAACUAAAAAUGGAUGUGGAAAGAAGAGGUUUGGAAGACUUAAAGACCAAAGAAAGCCAACGUUUGUCAGAUCUGCAGCAUAAUGCAGCCACCAAAAUCCAAGCUAGGUAUAGAACAUUUGUAGCUUAUCAAAAGUAUGGAUCAACUAUAAAAGAACGGGUAGAGUGCAAUAAGAGGAAGAAAGAGAUGCUAGAAAAACAAAACCAAGAGUGGAAAGAAAUGGUGUGUAAAUUCCGACAAAAGGAUGAAGAAAGAAAGAAAAAAGCAGAUGAGAGACAGAAAAGACAAGAUGAAAUAAAUUGUCAAAGACAGAAAGAACAUGAGAAAAGGCAGGAGGAAUAUGAAAAAAAGAAGAACAUGUUAAAAUGGAAAAAAGAGCAAGAAAUGGCAGUAGUUGAAGUGAGAAAAAGAGAAGAGCCACCCAGAGAAUUGAAAGGAAAUAAAAAAAGAGGAGCUAUUCCCAAAGAGAUUUCAGUGAAAAAUUUUACAAGGAAAGAAGAUAUAGUCAUGAAACCAUUACUGAAAGAAGAAUUCAUUGAAAACAAAGAUACAGUCAAAUUUAUAUUAGAAGAUGAAGAAGAAGAAGAAGAAAGAAAGAAAGAAAAAGAUAUAGCUGAACAGAAAACUAUACAAAAAUUAAAGCAAGAAUCACACAAGGAAAACAUAUCAAGACAACCAAUAAUGACAGAAUUGAAAAAAGAUCAGAAUGACAAUCUAGUCAAAUGUCAGGAGCUGGAUGAAUUCCAAAAGGAAAAAAGACUAAAUGACAAUUUAGCCAAAGAUUCCAAUAAAUCACCAAGAAAUAUAUUUAAUGAAAAUACGACAAACCACCUAGAAUUAGAGAAGCAAAGAGAAAAAGGGAGUUUAGUCAAUGAAGAUAAAGGAAAUGAAUGCCAAGAAAUCAGGGAGGAUGAGGGGGUGAGAAAUGAUCCAGAACAGAACAGAAACAAACAGGACCAGGAAGAAGACUCUGAAAUAAUAAAAGAAGAAAGAGAAAAGAAUGGAGAAAAUCAGGAAGAGGAGAAAAGUAACUUCAAAGCUUCACUGAAUCAUGUGCUUUCACUUGUAAAAGAAAGUAAUGAAAACAUCAUUAGCAUUGCCAGCCUGAUGGCACCAGACAAAGAAAGUGAACCACAAGCUCUAGAAAAUGGUGGAAAUGAGGAAAUAAAUAUUCUGACAGAUGGCAAAACUAUAAUUCUUAACACCGCUGAUAUAGUUCUAAAAGUAGAAGGUAACAUAUGCAAGCAAAACAUUGUUAGCUGUGUACCAACACCAGAUGAAUGCUCAGAUGACUCUGAUAGGCUCUCAUCGACAUCUGAAGAAACCACAACUGCUCAGUCUGUUUUGAACGAAAUGCUUGGGGGUGAAACGCCGAGGGAGAGGGAGUCUGGUGGACGUAGAACAAAAAAUAAAGGCUUGAGUACUAAUUCUCUAAGUAAGGAAGCAGUUUUGGCUUUAGUUGAAGAAAAGAGACUGGCUUGGAUAAAGGCCUGUCAACCAUGGCUUGAAAUCUUUAGGGAAAACCAAAAUAAGAAGGUAGUUACAAGAAACAGACCUAGGAAGUCCUCAGUCAGCAAGCUGCCUCCUCUGAAUUCAGUUGCAAUCCUUCAAGGUGGCCUGUGGACUACCUUACAACAGGUUACAACAGUAACAUUUCGGGAUUUGCCGGGUUGUAGUCUUUCCACGUUGUCAGAAUGUACAAGUCUUCAAUUCCUGACUCUUAGGCAUUGUGGAUUAACUGCUCUGGAAGGACUGAAUAACUGUAAAAAACUGAAAUAUAUUGAUGUACAGGAAAAUCAGAUUCAGGUUAUAAAUUGUGAGAAUUUAGAAAAUCUCUGCAUCCUUCUUCUGAAUGACAAUGAAAUAACUUCUUUUCAUGGAUUGGAUGGCUGUAGUAAUCUUCGAAAUAUUGAAGUUUCAUAUAACAAGAUCACUAGAAUUGGUGGAUUAGAAUCUUUGAAAUCUCUUCAGCAACUAAUUGUGGAUCACAAUCUGCUGAUGAGUACCAGAGGUCUUUGCAGUGUUCCAACUAUUAUGUACCUGGAUUGCUCUUAUAAUAAUCUUACUAAAGUUGAAGGCAUUACAGACUGUGGCUUACUUCAGAUUUUGAAGUUACAGGGAAAUUACCUAAGUGAGCUUCCAUCUCUGAAGAAUCAUGUUCUGCUCCGAGAAUUAUACUUGGAUGACAACAGUAUUUCAACAUUGGAAAUUUUCUCUUCCUACUGGCUUCCUUUAUUACAGAUUCUAACUGUCUCUCAAAACAGUUUGAUUGAAAUUGUGCCACUCUUUCAAUUUGUUUCAUUGGAAAAACUUGAUGUCAGCAACAACUGCCUUUCAGAUCUUACAGGUGUCACCAAGUGGUUUGAUGCAUGUUUUAAUCUAUGUGACUUAUCACUAAUUGGAAACCCCCUUCUCCAAGAAAGAAACUGGAGGCAUUCCAUACUUGAAAUCUUACCUACUCUAAGAAUUCUCAAUGGUGAAACAGUAAAUUCUGAUUCAUUCAACAAUCAGAUUUGUACAGAACCAGGCAGUUUUUCUGCAAUCUGCCAGACCCAGACCCAGGAACUUAACUUAAUAGUUAAAAAAUGUGUCACUGAAAAAAGAAGUAUACACUCCUCAGAUGCCAUAGAGGACUUGUGCUGUUAUUUUAAUGAAUUGAUGAAGCUUAGUAGUGAAUACAGAAAUUAUCAUGAACAUGAAAAUUUCAAGAUCACUGAGAGAGAUGAAGAUUUAAACACCAUGGAGAAAGACCAAUCAGAAGUACAGCAAGAUCCUACAAAAAAAGUAGUCAAUAAUAGCCCAGAGCAAAACAACCUUUUUGUUACGGAGGUAAAUGAAAAUCAACAGGAUUUUCUCAAAACUUCUCCAAAAAUAGUUCCUCCUGACAUUUACCCUACAUUCAUCACAACCUCCAAACAUGAACAACGAGAGAGAACAGAUCAAGACCAAAGAGUCCAUAGGAAGAGGAAGAGCAAGAGCAUUAAGACCACCAAAAUUCAUCACAAGUUUAACCCUGUCACUGAAACAUUAAAUACAACUGAACUGGAAAAGAAUUUCCAACAUAUUGAGAAUGACGAUAAAAAGAAGCCAAAGGAAGGAUACUCCGUUCAAAUGCAGAUUAAUUUUUGUACUAUAAGGAAUAUGGCUGCAGUAAUAAUACAGAGAGCUUGGCGAAAUUUCUUUUUGAAGACUCAGAUUGCUAUGAAGAAAAGAAAAUGUAGCACCACUGAUAUGCAUACACAGAGGGAAAAGGCUGCUACACGUAUUCAGGCAGUUUGGAAAGGCUUCUUAUUGCGGAAGAAGCUGGCCAAAGCACUAGCUUCCAUUAAAAAUGAAGUACUUGAUGGCUAUGAAGAAAUCAACCUUGAUGACUUUACGUUUGAUGAAACUGCCUUAGAGAAAGAAUGGCUCUCUUUGGAUUCCACUGACUUCCCUUCCAAAAUCGAGCUGCAACAGCCAAAGCAUUCAGGAUAUUUGUCUUCUGAUGACACUUCACUUAAUUUACCAUGUCAUCCAGAUCAAGCUUGGCAAUGUAAUGAGAGAGGAAAUCCAUUCUCUCCUGAAGACUUUCAGUUUAGUGGCAGAUCAGAAAGCCAAAAUUUGUCCACUCCAUCCGAUUUCAAGAGUUAUUUGAAAAUGUCCCUAAGAUCUAAAAAAGAAGAAAAAAUUUCAGAAGAAUGGGGCUUUAAAGAUAUUUCUACUGCUCAGUUGAUGCUAAAGAGAGCCCAGAAAAUGAAAUCUAAGAAAGCAAAGCAUAAACUAGACCCUGCUGUGCGCCUGGCAUUGUUCAAAAAUAAUGGAAGUAAAUAUCCCAGUAUGAAAGCCCCAAAGAAAAAAGGACACCUUCCCAGACAUGAACGUUUUGAAGAGGAUGUCGUGUUGCAGUUUUAUGAAAUAUUAGAUAGAGACAAGAGUUGGGAUUUUAUUGUGAACUUCCCAGUUGAGGACACCUUUUCUACUGAUGCAGGAAGAGGGAGGCUCCUCAAUGCCUCUGCUGAUUCUCUGGGGCCCCCGCAGCCCUUCCUCCGUGCCCACCCUGCCAGCCAACCUGCACGAUCAUUUUUCAAGGAACAGGAAGUGGCAGGAAGAGAUUUCCGAUUGGUGCUGAAGGGCCGGGAGCAGCUGAAGAGAGCCGGUGGUGGGUCUGACUCUGCACGGGCAGUCCCACAGGCCAGUGGAGAAGCCAUCAGAAGAGCCAGGCCUCUGGGUCUGUGGAACAGUCCAAGGAGUGGGCAGGGAGGAGCUCGUGGGUCCGGAUCCCCGGGGCUCCAGACCAAGGCAGAAAGACCAAACACCCCAAACACUGGGCAGUCUGCAAGUGAAACAAGUGGCGUCUGGAAGGGUGUUGGCUCGAGUCUAAGAUCCAGGUCAGCUGAGGGAUUGCGCUUCUCUAGAGGACAAUCCCAGGGAAGCCUGGGCGCCGGAGCCGGCCGCGUGACGCCUUUGGUUUCAUUAGCUGCCGGGAAUCAGAAUGUUCUGUCUGGGGCUUCGGCUGCCUUUUGGUCAGGGCAGGAAGGGCUGCCCGGGAGCUCCCGGCAAGGUAAGUGGGAGCCCCUGCACACAAGGUGGAGCAGCCAGGUGGCCCAGGCAAGGCCGGGUGACUACUGCAAAGUGCUAGGGGAGCACACACAAAUUCUCAAUGGUGAUACCUCUGAGGUGAUUCAUUUGACUCAUGAUUCUGGAACCCAAGAGCAACAGUCAUGCAUAAUGAAGAUGGCCCUGCAGGCAUCUGGCACCUUGUUAGAAGCACUGCGCUUUGCUUCCCUACCUACACAGUCUUUAUUGAAUGAAGUUGAUGAUGAAGAACAUAACAGUGAGGAUGUUCCUAUUUCCAGUGAAAAAACUGAGCAUAGCAAAGAGCUGACCUACCAAUGGCUCCAUACGCAAGUUGGGAGUUAUGAAACAACCCUCCCCAAAAAUGUGAAAUGCCAGUCUCACUUCUUGCCUGUGUUAGAUCCAGAUGUACUUAAUGGUGGGCGAGUUCAGCUUGUGGCAAGACUUGUAAGGAGAGAAGACAUGGAUGUAGACCUUGUUUCCAUGAACACUGGGAAUGCUUUGGCUCAGAACAGAGAAAAAAAUAAUCAGGCAUCCAGAUACCCAGCAGAAUCUUCAUGUAAGUUGUGGUUUCAUUCCAUGUACAUUUAG